CACACAGACACAGAUCAGGAAGUGCUGUCUUAAGUUGUGUGCUAGUCGGCGGAAUUGGCUGUUUGAUGUGAGGAUGUGUGUGUGCAGAAGUGUGUGUGUCGAAGCAUGUUAAUAAAGGAUCUAAUGACUUUGGUCUGCUGACGCUUGAACACCCCCGAAUGGGCCCCAACAUACAAGUGCAUCAUGGGCUCCAGGAUAAAAGAAAACCCUGAUAAAACCUUCUACUGGUUCUUUCAAGCCUCAUGUCCAAUCGCCAGAGAUAAAGAUCCUGGUGUGCUGUUUCAGUUCCCCGAAGACUUUAAUGAUGAGGAGUCCCUGCAGUCCUUGCCUCGCUUCUGCUUCCCUUAUGACAUAGAGAGGGCGAAGGACACUGUUGCCGUGCAGCACUUCACAUUCGUCUUGACCGAUCUGGAGGGAUGUCAGCGCUUCGGUUUCUGCAGACUCACGUCCAGCUCUCAGACCUGCUUGUGCAUACUCAGUUAUUUGCCAUGGUUUGAAGUCUUCUAUAAACUUCUGAAUAAUUUAGCGGACUACGCAACGAAAGGGCAGACGAAUGAGAUGAAAGAGCUGCUCUCUGUUCUCUACAAGCACCCCGUCCCUCCGGCGAACGGCUCCAUCACGCUGCAGAUGGGAGGAAAGCUAAUGAUCCGAACUGAGAUGCCUGGCAUCUUUGGACACGCCCCUAAAGGGGAGGAGUCAACAGGGAUCCCGUACUUUAUCGCGCCAGAUCCCAAGGCCUUGCCCUCUAUUCCAGAGAGUAGGAACCUGACAGAGCUGGUGGUGGCCGUGGACGUGGGGAACCUGCUGCAGCUCUACGCCAGCAUGUUGUUCGAGAGGCGGAUCCUCAUUUACUGCAGCAAACUCAGCACGCUCACGGCCUGCGUACACGCGUGUAACGGGAUGCUCUUCCCCAUGUACUGGCAGCACAUCUUCAUUCCAGUGCUGCCACCUCAUCUGCUGGACUACUGCUGCGCGCCAAUGCCGUACCUCAUUGGAGUCCACUCCAGCCUGGCGGAGAGAGUCAAGAGUCGAGCUCUGGAGGACGUGGUCAUACUAAACGUUGACACCAACACAUUGGAGUCGCCCUACGAGGACCUGAAAAAGAUCCCGGCCGACGUGGUGGCGGGACUGAAGGUCAGGCUGAAAAGACAGGCGGCAUCGGCCGGGUCAGGGGUCGCUCACGCUUUCCUCCGAGCGCAGGCUCUGCUGUUUGGAGGAUACAGAGAUGCCUUGCAGUCGCCUGCUGAAGGGCCGGUUAUGUUCUGUAACGAGUUGUUUCUGAGUCAUAAGUCUCAAAGCAUGCGGGAGUUUUUGGAAAGCGCGGUUCACCUGCAGUGUUUCAAAGAGUUUAUUGACGGCCGGCUGGAAAUGCUGAACCAGGGCAAAGAGCCAGAUGAUGCGUUUGAGGAAGAGGUGCUGCAGUGCGGAGCUUCAUCAGGUGGCUCUAAACUGUGUCGGCAAUGGGUGGGAAAUUUAAAGAAAGGGGGAGGAGCCCUGAUCGUGACAUGGAAGUCUACAGCUAACAAAGCAACCAAAUAUCACAGCAAAUUUGGGCUGAAAAACCUCCUGUCAUCAAAGGAUCAGACAGAAUCUCACAUGCUACAGCGGGGCGGGUCUGUAUGUGGGACGCACACGUAUCGCCUCAUCCAAUCAGAUUGCCUUCAGAACCGUCUACCAAUCACACAGCACUUUGGCAGGUCUCGACCACGGCGGCCGGCACGCAAACACCCCAGCCAUCCGGACACGGAGCAACAGACACAGGAUGACAACAACACCUAUGAGGACAGUGUAACAGAAAGCCCUGAGCAGUGUUCUGGCACCAGCGACAUACAGGAAGACGAAGAUCUUUCUCUCUUGGCUGACCCGGAGGAGAUGGACCUGCUCGGGGAGAUCUUCGACACCCUGAGCGCUCAGAGCUCCAGAGAGCCGGGCUUACUGUACGGGACACGCAGCCUCGACCUCUUCAGCUCCGACAGCACCGACUUCAUCUCACAUAAGGGUUUCGCCAACCCGAGUCAGGAGAGUCUGAGUCAAUCUUUUGGAAACAGCGGAAGUCUUAUGAGCUGGGAGGAGGAGCUAGAGGAGGGGCCUGGUGGUGAGAGGGAGGAGUCUGAUGCCCUGAUUGACAGGCCAGAAAAUGAGCUUAAUGAAUUAGAGAAAGACUUGAAUGAGUUAGGGGAAAGUCUGUGUUCGGAUCUACAAAGUUUAGAAGAUGCUUCUCUGGUUCCCGAAGUAGUUUCUCAAGAGGUGCAAGAGGAUCAAUGGUCGAAAAAAGAUGGACAAAUGAAUGGAACAAUGGAGGAAAGCUUGGAUACAGAGACGAUAGUUGAAGAGAGGACAGAGACGCAACCUGACAAAGAAGAAGAACAUCAGAAAGAGCACAAGACCACCAUUGACUUGGGGUCAAAUGGACCUGCAAAUGGAGGAAUCGCCUCCGCUGUCACCCUCAAUGUAGAGAUAGAGGAGCCAAAGGAGAAAAGUGCUGAACCUCUGUCUCCGAAAGUCUCAUCUACCGUAGCUCUGUUCAAGUCCAGGUCCUUUACUGACUCGUCUGGUUCCCAAGGAAAGGAAAACCCCGUGAAAAGUCCCAUCAGAACCUUCAAAAUCAAUGUGGGGUCAAAAACAGGUGUGCAGAUUGAAGAACAAAGUACGAAAUCGCCCGUUACAUCAACUCCAGAAGAGCAAGACCAGGCUCCUAUUAAGGUCUCCGAGCUGAAGAAGAGAUUCGAACAUUAGAGAAUCAUAAAUCAAGCAUAUUGGAGCAAAAUUAUACUUAAAAUGACUUUUUCUCAGAUUGUCGAGAUUUCAAGUCAACAUGAAACGACACUUUUCGAUUUUUGUAAAGCAACUGAGUCAAACAAGAUAAAACUGAUUUUAUCCACUGGGUUUGGAUUGGAUUGUGAAAAGUUGGCAUUCUAUACUAGACUUUGGGGUUGUGGAAGGACACUCACCUCAUGAUAUGCCGCAUGUACCUGUUGGUUGAAACUUGAGCGUCGAAAUCAGUCAAUACAUUUUUCGUUCACAAUAAGACCAGAAACAUGCAUUAAACUGGAUCCAUUUUGAUUUUUAAAUGUCAACUUUAAAAAAGUAAACUGUCAUCAAAGCCAAUUCUGACAAAUAAAGCAAGUCCAACCCCUUUUACCUAAA